AUGAAGUCUCUAGCACCAAUCACUCUCGGUCUAGCUAGUAUUGCAGCAGCAGCACCAUCCAAGACUCUGGAAAAACGCGCAAGCCUAUGCGGACAAUGGGACUCAACAGUGACUGGGAGUUACACAAUAUAUCAAGACCUGUGGGGAGAGGCUUCUGCUACAAGUGGCUCCCAAUGCACAACAGUCGAGUCCCUCAGUGGCAACAUUUUGGCUUGGAAAACUGAAUGGAACUGGGAAGGAGCAUCAUCUAGUGUGAAGAGCUUUGCGAAUGCUGCGUACAGCUUUACUUCGAAGGAAAUAAGUGCGAUUUCAAGUAUUCCUACUACGUGGGAUUGGAGUUACACCGGAUCUAGUAUUGUCGCCGACGUGGCAUACGAUCUUUUUACCAGCUCCAGCGCCAGUGGAUCAGCUGAGUACGAGAUCAUGAUCUGGCUCGCAGCUCUUGGAGGCGCAGGCCCAAUUUCCUCGAGCGGCUCUCCCAUUACUUCUCCUACAAUUGGUGGUGUCACUUGGAAUCUAUAUAGCGGUCCCAACGGAGCUACUACAGUUUACAGCUUCGUGGCCACCAGCCAGCAGACCAACUUCUCGGGUGAUAUCCACAACUUCUUAGAAUACCUGGUGGAGAAUGAAGGUCUUAGCUCAAGCCAGUACUUGUUGUCGAUUCAAGCUGGCACUGAGCCUUUUACUGGAUCGGGUGCUACUCUUUCGACCUCGGCCUAUACUGUCAGCGUUUCUUGAGCUGCCUGUUGCUAUUGCCGAUGUUGAUCCAUGAAUUUUAGUAUUUACUGGUUUUGAACAAACCACAUGUCACUGC